AUGGUUUCUGCAAUAUCCCGCAAUGGCCUGCAAGACGCUCUCGAUCCCGACCAGAUGGAUCCUGAUGUGUACAUGGCGCAAAUCCUCUUUCGUUGCUCUAACGCCCUCCACGUGCAGACACCACUCCUCUUCUUUGUUGGAGUUGGAAAAUACCUGGACAUCAUCUCCUGGAGGCUUGAGACCUCUCGACCAGCCAACAUGGAGCCCACAGAGAGCAAAGAGACUCGGCCCGAACACAUUGACGAGAAGGGCACGGUCCCAAACCUCGAAAAUGUCAAGGUUCUCAAUGAGGAGGCCGCCCAGGCGACAGCCACCGAGCAUAGCAUGACACUCAUGCAAGGUCUCAAGACACACAAGAAAGCCGCAAUAUGGUCUGUCCUCAUCUCCGCGACGGUCAUCAUGGAGGGCUACGACACCCAAUUGCUGGGCAACUUCUGGGGCUACAAUGCCUUCCGAAGAAAGUUCGGCGAUUACACUGGCGAAGAGCACGGCUACCAGAUCAGUUCCGCGUGGCAAGCCGGUCUGAACGACAUCAGUGGCGUGGGAAACAUCAUCGGAGCCCUGCUCAACGGGUACCUGACCGCCAAGUACGGGCAUCGCAUAGUCUUGAUGUCCAGUCUGGCCUGGUUGUCCGCGGCCAUCUUCAUGUCCUUCUUUGCGCCAAAUAUUGAGGUCUUAUUGAUCGGCCAAUUCCUCUGCAACAUUCCCUGGGGCGUGUUCGCGACAACAGGGCCAGCCUACGCUGCCGAGGUCGUGCCCCUGGCGCUUCGCGGUUACCUCACGGCUUACAUCAACCUCUGCUGGUGCAUCGGUCAGUUUAUCGCGGCUGGCAUCCUCAAGGGCCUGAUCAACAACCACACCGACUGGGGUUACAAGAUCCCCAUGGCCAUUCAAUGGGUCUGGCCCGUUCCCCUGUUCAUCUUCGCAUUCCUGGCCCCCGAGUCGCCUUGGUACCUCGUUCGGACGGGAAAGCUUGAGAAGGCCAAGAAGUCCCUGGUUCGCCUGACCCAACCGGAGCACCAUAGCAACCACGACUCCACAAUCGCUCUGAUGGUGCGUACUGACAAUUUGGAGAAAGAGGAGAGGUCUGGUACCUCAUACUGGGACUGCUUCAAAGGGACCAACCUGCGCCGGACGGAGAUUGCUGUCAUGUGUUUCGUCUCCCAGAUUACGAACGGCGGUGCUCUCUGCUACACCGGCACUUUCUUCUACGAGCAAGCCGGCCUCAGUGCCGAUCUCUCCUACACCCUGGGCCUUGUCGGAACGGCCAUCGCCUUCUGCGGCGUCGUCAUCUCGUGGUUCUACAUUUCCAAAUGGGGCCGGAGGACCAUCUGGCUGUGCGGCUUCUACGCCCUGCUGUGCUGUCUGUGGCUCAUUGGCAUCCUGGCCUGCGUUACGCCUCAGACACACGCCCUGGCCCUGGUGCAAUCCAUCUUGUGUAUCGUGUGGCUCGGCGCGUACUCCAUGUCGGUCGGCCCCAUCGUCUACACCAUCGUCGCUGAGAUUGGUUCCACUCGUCUCCGGACUCAGACGGUCGUCCUCGGCCGCAGCGCAUACUACGUCGCCAACAUCAUCGGCGGUGUCCUCCAGCCAUAUUUCAUGUCACCCACUGCCUGGAACGCCCAGGGAAAGACUGCCUUCUUCUGGGGUAGCUUGUCUUUGCUCACCACAAUCUGGGGAUUCUUCCGUCUGCCGGAGACAAAGGACCGCACAUUCGAGGAGAUGGAUAUCAUGUUCCAGCGCAAGGUGCCCUCUCGGAAAUUCGCUACCUACAGCAUCAAUGCGGACGACAGGUAUCUCGUUCAAUAA